AUGCCUUUACCCAAAUAUAUUCUAUUAGUAAGACACGGCGAGUCUGAAGGAAAUUGUAACAAGUCUGUCAACAGAUAUACGCCAAACCACAAAGUCUGUCUCACGGAGCAGGGCCACCAGCAGGCGAAGCAGGCGGGGAUUGUCUUGCGGGACUUCUUGAACUCGAUCUCACCACCUCAAGGCAAGUCCGGCCGCAACCCCAAAAGUGUUCUUUUCUACACAUCGCCAUACUUGCGAGCUAGACAAACAUGCCAGGACAUUAUCUCGGGGAUCAAGGACGUGGAAGGAGUUGAGUAUCGCGUAAGCGAAGAGGCUCGAAUGAGAGAACAAGACUUCGGAAACUUUCAAAGCACCCCCGAGGAAAUGGACCAAAUAUGGGAGCAGAGAGCGCACUACGGCCACUUUUUCUACAGAAUUCCCCACGGCGAAAGUGCAGCAGAUGUCUAUGACCGGAUAGCCAGUUUUAACGAGACCCUCUUCCGUAAGUUUUCUCAGGAAUCAUUCCCUAAUGUCUUGGUGCUCGUCACCCACGGGAUUUGGGCAAGAGUUUUCCUUAUGAAGUGGUUCCGGUGGUCCUACGAGGAGUUUGAGUCGCUACGAAAUAUUCCUCACUGCCAGUAUCUUGUAAUGAAGCAGCAGGCCGAUGGGAAGUACUGCUUAAAGACUCCCUUAAAGACAUGGGAUGACUUGCCAGAAGCGGACGUGGAUGAAGAGUUACGCAAGGAAAUCACCCAGGAGGUGAAGUUCAACACCCAGGGAAAGAUAGAGCACACAGAUGACCUAGAUAUUGCCAGCAUUUUACGUGCUCAAAAAGAGGCCAUAAAAGAGAGCAGAACGAAAGACCAGGAGAUCAAACAGGCAUACAUGGAGUCGAUGAACAAGUUCAGCGAGUACUUACAGGACAAUCAGAGUGUUCUCAAUAGUACGGACGACCUCCAGAUGGAUUCGGGGUCUUCCAGUUCGUGA